AUGGGCGGGCGUGGAGCUCCGGAGGCGACAAGGAGGCUGGUGGUGGCUGUGGUGGGCGUCGUGGUCGCUGUGGCGGCGGUGCUUUGCCCCACCGCGGCUGGGAAAUUAGGCAAACAAGCCAAGGCGCUGGUGGCCAUCAAGGCGCCGCUGCAUGAUCCCGGCAACGUGCUCUGGGACUGGGACCUCAAGUUCGGCAACGACCCGUGCCACUGGAGCAUGGUCACCUGCCAAAAGGGACAAAUUCAAGAGCUGUCUAUGACGAACAAGAACCUCUCUGGCACACUGUCGCCGGCGGUCGGAAAACUCAGGUCGCUGCGAUAUCUGUUGUUAAGCCACAAUGCUAUCUCUGGCCGUAUCCCUGACACCGUAGGCAGGAUGACGCUGCUUGAAGUACUUGACCUGUCAAACAAUCAUUUCAGUGGAAGCAUCCCAAGUACACUGGGUCAUCUGGCCAAACUGCAGUACCUGAAAUUGAACAAUAACAGCUUAUCUGGACCUAUACCCGAAUCACUAGGCACUGAUGCUCCCAUGAUCUUCAGCCUGGAUGUUUCCUUCAACAACCUGAGUGGUCACCGGCCGACUUUUCGAACAUGGAAUGUCUUUUUCGAAGGCAAUCCAUUCCUAAGUGAUAUCGGCUCAGAGUCAAUUGCUCCCCCCUUAGGCCCAAAGGAUGGCAAAGAAGGGGAUUUACAAGUCAUGAGUAAAGACAUUUUUAUCCUCCUACUAUGCAUAGGAAUUGGUUGUUCACUGGUUGCCGUUGUGGCUGGAGCUGUCCUGUUUUGGCGAAGGCGUCAGCGUGAGCGAGUCUUUGCAGUUGCUGAUGUUUCAGUGCAGCAUGACCCAGAAGGUUGUCUUGGCCAUCUGAAGCAGUACAAGUUUAAGGAGAUCAGAAAAGCUACCAAUAACUUCAGCCAAACAAAUAUUUUGGGAGAGGGAGGAUAUGGAAUAGUAUACAAGGGUGAUUUGGAUGGCACAACUGUUGCUGUUAAAAGACUGAAGGAUCGUGAUUCAGUUGUUGGGGAUGAUCAAUUCCACACAGAAAUUGAAGUGAUAAGCUUGGCUGUCCAUCGUAAUCUCCUUCACCUUACUGGGUAUUGCAUUGCAAAUAAUGAAAGGCUUCUUGUGUAUCCCUACAUGCCAAAUGGAACUGUCGCUUCUAAAUUAAAAGAAUGUGUUAAUGGGGAACCAACCUUAGACUGGCCAAGGAGAAAGAGGAUAGCCCUUGGUGCGUCACAGGGACUGCUCUAUUUGCAUGAACAAUGUGAUCCUAAGAUAAUCCAUCGUGAUAUCAAGGCCUCCAAUGUUCUCCUGGAUGAAUAUCUUGAAGCAGUUGUUGCAGAUUUUGGAUUGGCAAAACUUGUAGAUCAUUGGAUGUCGCAUGUUGUCACAUCAGUGCGUGGAACACUUGGGCGCAUACCACCAGAGUGUUUUAAGUUCUGCCACGCUUCAGAGAAGACUGAUGUCUUUUGCUUUGGACUCUUUUUGAUGGAAUUAGUCACCGGUCGAGUGACGCUGGAGCUUCAUGAGAAUGAAUAUGAGAAGGGAGGAAUUCUUGAAUUGGCCAAAGAACUUCUGGAACAAAGUAAGCUAAGCAUGUUUGUGGACCGGAAGCUAGGAAGCAAUUACGACAGUGCUGAAUUGGAGGAGUUGGUUCAGAUUGCUUUGCUGUGCACAAUGUACAGGCCUUGCCACCGCCCCAAGAUGUCUGAAAUUGUAAAGAUGCUAGAAGGAGGAGAUGGUGGGGUUGCAGAAAAAUGGGAGUCUGUUAAAAAUAUUGAGGACCCAAACCCCGACUGGUCACAAGAAUUUGUGUCAAUUGGUAUAAAUUAUGAUGAUGAAAACCAGCGCAAUUCGAUCGAGCUGCAAGCCAUUGAACUCUCGGGGCCAAGGUGA